CAUCACACGCAGCGCGUCUCUCGGGAGUGUGCGUGUGAGGGGUGGAAACAAACAGCGAAGCGUUCGCAGAGCUGUAGUUCUCGUGAGAUGAUUAACUCCGCCAGAAUAUCGUGUCGAUCUUUGUACUCCGCUCGUUCCGCAUCUAGCAUCUCGUACCAAUUACUGCGGGAGGAGUGUAAACAUUUCUGAAGUCAGGAAGUGGGAUGUGGCCCAGGUGAAAAGCUCGUUAUAUGGUUGCGAGCGUGGGUACCGUGACUGAUGGCACGCGAUCGGUCACACAUUUCAUGAUGACGCGUAGAGAGUGUGCGAUCAAUAUGUGAAUUUGUGUGUGGCCAGUAGUUGAGAGAACUAAAGAGCCAUUUCAGUGAAGUCUUCGGUGUGAGUGUCAGCACAGCAUCAUCAUGGACUCCGUGGCGCUGGAGAGGCUGGAGCUCCCGCGUCCGGUAACGACCCGCGGCUCGUGUUUACCGGAGGGCGCGCAGGGCGCUCACCUGAACGGCUGCGUGCCGCUCUCUCAUCAGGUGGCCGGACACAAGUAUGGCGUGGAUAAAGUGGGUAUCUUGCAACAUCCUGAUGGUACGGUCCUGAAACAGCUGCAGCCUCCUCCAAGAGGACCCAGAGAGAUGCAGUUCUACAGUAUGGUGUAUUCUGAAGACCACUGCGACCCCUGUCUUAUAGACCUCCAAGCGCAGCUUCCCAAGUACUACGGGACAUGGUCCUCACCUGAUGCUCCUACAGACCUGUACCUCAAGCUAGAGGAUGUGACUCGCAGGUUUCAGAAGCCAUGCAUCAUGGACAUGAAGAUUGGCCAAAAGAGCUAUGACCCUUUCGCUUCACAGGAGAAACGGGAACAGCAGAUCAGGAAAUACCCGCUGAUGGAGGAGAUCGGCAUCUUGGUUUUGGGAAUGAGGGUGUAUAAAGUUGGCUUAGACAGCUUUGACACCUAUGACCAGCAUUACGGAAGAGGUCUCGUGAAGGACACGAUCAAGGAAGGUUUAUCCAAGUUCUUCUACAACGGCGACAUUCUUCGCAAAGACGCCAUCACUGCCAGCAUUCUCAAAGUCCAGAAGAUCCUUCAGUGGUUUGAGGGCCAGAGUCGGUUCAACUUUUAUGCAAGCUCUCUGCUCUUCGUCUACGAGGGCAUCUGUGCGCCCAGUCUUGUCUCUCAGAGCCUGCGGGAUAGCAAGAUCGCACCCGAGGCCUGUGAGCAGAACAACAACAUCAAUCAGAGCCUCUCUACGAUGUACUCCCUGCACAAGAAAAGCUGCGCCCAGAGCCACUACCAAGCCAAACAGGACAACGGCGUUUGGAGCUCCUCACAGCAGCCCAACGGCAACCGCGGCUUGGCAAGACUGGAAGAGGACAGGAAGGAGAGCAAGAGCGCAGUGGGACAGGAAACGGUCCAUGAUGUGGAGGUAAAAAUGAUUGACUUUGCACAUGUCUUCCCUAGUGACGUUCCCGACCAGGGUUACAUCUAUGGCCUGAAAAACCUACUGAAGGUCCUGCAUCAGAUUCUGGAGGAGUGAUGGAACUGUUCAAUGCUGUUGAAGGUAUGAAUUUUGUAGCCACUUUCAUGUCCGCCUACCCGGCUUUCUCUAAUCUGCACUACCUACACCAUCAGUGGAGUAACAUGUUUGUAAUCCUUCGUCUAAUGUGUGUGCUUUAGUCUUUUAAAAGCUUUGUAUAAUUUAUGAUAUCUUACUCAGGUAAAUGAAUCUAUAGUGCUUGUAUAUUUAUCCCGACAAAAGAACAGACACUCUCAUCAUAUUAUGCCUCAGAUAUUGCAAAUUAGUUCGUGUUUCCAGAGCCAUUGCAGGAUUUCUUUUUUUAAAUCAAUGUUAUUGAAAAUAGGAAUUUGAGGAGUGAAGGUGCAGGAAAAUAUAUUUGAUAUUUCUUUCACAUAUACUGCCAGUAUGACCCUGCCUGUUUCAAACCUGUUGAAUUGUGAAUUUUUUUCUCUUUUUUUUUUUUUGUGAUUUGAAAAGAACCUUUGUGUGUUCAUGUUCUGUGAUUACUGAUGCAAUAUGACUGAAACGACAAUGAAAGUAAUGAAGUUGAGAUCAUUUAUUUUUUUUAUUGUACAGCCCCUUCGGUGUGUCUACAUCAAAUGCCAAAGUUUCCAUCAAUGAAGUGAACUUGAAUUGUUAUUUUAAUAAUACAGUCUUUCUUCUGACUACUUACCAAUUCACCUUGGGUGUCCGGGUAUUAGUGACUGCAUAGGACAUGAUAGGAACUCAUGAAAAAGACAUUUAAUGUGACUCAAUAUGAGGACAAAUAAGAAUAACCUCAAAAUCAUAAACAUUUGAAUCUCAGAAAUGGAUUUUUAUUUUUAUUUUGUUGUUGAUCUCAUUGGUCUUUUGUGUGGGAACCCCGUCUGUUGCAUACUUUUUCAUAUCUCAAGCAUAGCAUUUUAAUAAAUUGGUCUUAUGCUUACAUUUAUAACAAACAUUAAUUUACUUCUCAAUAUGUUUAGCUGAAUCAGGAAAUAGUGUCCUUUUUUAAAUCUCACAUGGAUCUCUUUUGUUUGUAAUUUGUGUUAUGUUUUAUUUGCUUGGUUGUGAUUUAAUGCCAAAAGACCACAGUUAGUAUAAUGCGGCAAGUGUCCGAAAAACAAUUUAAUGUUCUUGUUCACAUGCACCUUUAAAGUGGCAUAACUUGGGGACUGUUUGGACCAAUAAAGACAAAAAGUGCAUGAAUAGCAUAGCUCUGUGGAAAUAUGUCUUCGUGCAAAGUUAAAAAUUGCCUUUGUGUGCCUAUCAAAUAAAAAGAAAUAGUCUUUUUUGCAGUUCCUGGUGUAAUAAAGGUUUCCAGUAGACCUCAAGAACUGAAGUGGUCUACUCAAGCUCUGGAAUACUAUAGUGCUCUCCAUUAUAAUAUGCUUUUGUUCACAAAUAAAUGAACUGAUUUCAUGUUUACAUUCUA